CCAAACAAAUCGUUGGUGGAAGAUUCUCGCUCUUUUUUUUCAAUCGUCGUCUCCGGAGGAACUGGUACAACAGAAGAGAGAGAGAGAGAGAGAGAGAGAUGGGUGGAGCCCAGGCGAUGAAGAGGAUACCUCGCAUCAAGUUUCCUCAGAGACACCCAAAACCUUCUGGUACUGAGCCUCAGACUCAAGGUUUGGCUGGUGAUUCUUCUCACACUUUCUUCUCCGGUUCAAAGGCCUCAACCACCUUGGGAGGAAAAGCUUCUGAACAACCCGAACGAACACCGUUGUCCAAAGAGGAGAUUGAGGCCAUUAUGUUGGGUGGCAUCUUCUGAACUUGUGUGGAGCUUCAAGAACAUAGGACUAUGUGUUGGAUGUUAUUUUGACAAUUUUUAAGCACCUGGAAGUAUCCAGAGUUUGACGUCUUUAUAUAUUGUUUGAAGAACAACCUACUCGCUGAAUUCGAUAGCAAUAGGCAACACAUUGAACAAUAAAUAUGUGAUUUAAGAUGUGUUUUCCCUGGUUCAUGCAAUUUGCAAUGAAAGUAAUUGCCAUUUAAGCUA